AUGGCGGCGGGCGCGGCUCGCGGCUCCUGGCGCAGCGCGGGGACGGUCCGCCCCGGGCCCGGCAUGCACCGCGCCGCCGCCCGCCGGGCACCGCGGGAGCGCGCGGGACUCCCGGCCCGACCGGGGCCGCGGCCGCUCUGCCGCCCGUCCCGGGGCGCCGGCGCGGGGCGGGGCGGGGAGCGCGGCCCGGCGCCUCCCGGCUUGGCCUGGGGAGGCGGGCGAGGCGCCCGGAGCGCCCCCGCCCCGGCACGGGCGGACGGCGGGCCGGGGCGGAGGGGGCGGCGCGACGCGGGGGCUGCCCGGCUCCCAGCGACCCCGCACCGCCCGGAGAGGGCCGGCGGCCACCAUGGAGAGCUCCGCGGGGCCGCCCCGGGGGCCGGGGGCGGUACGGCCGGGGGAGCCAUUUUGUGGGGUGGCGAAGCCCUCGGUGCCCCCUGGGAACCUCCGCAGAGCGAGGCCCCCUCCCCGCCCCCCCCUCAGCGGGCGCCUCUCGCCCCCAGCGCGGCUAGAAGGGGCCCCCCGCCUCACCUGUCGGUGCAGGGCCGGCCGAGGGCAGGACAGAGAGGAGGAAAUAGAAAUUUCCCCCAAAGAACCUGGGCACGGCUUGCAGCAGGCUCCCAGCACCAGACAGUUCAGCCAAACUUAGCUCCAUGCUUGGAGCUGAGCAAGACCGGACAAAAGAGCAUUGAGAGCCUUGGUGGAGGCAGCAGGAGCUGCCCCCUCCUCGCCCCCCGCCGCCGUCAUUGCUGCCCGGGCAGACAGCGGGGCAGAGGCUCAGCACCACGGCCUGGUCCUGGCAAGGGCAGCAGCUCUUAUGUCAUAUACAAACCCUGCAAAUUUGGUGCAACAGGUCCAGCCAUAUGCAGCAUAUAA